UCAUGGCCCAAAGAACUUAUUGUCAAUUGCCAGAUCCUAUUUUUAAUGAUGGCGUUAAAAAUUCAACUUGGGGUGAUGCAGAUCCUUCUGAUUGGAAUUAUAUGAACGCAAAUGACUGGAAAAGUACUUUAUUUUUGUUAAGAGUGUAGCCAAAGUUGUUACAUGUGGUGCUAGCUUUUAAUCUCCCAUAAACAUUGUAACGUCUACAGCCACCAAAGAAACUACAUUCCCAGCUAUUAAUUAUAUACUGAAGUCUUCAACCAAAAAUUAUUUCGAAGCUCAACGUAUAUCACUUAAAAUAUCUAUUCAGGGGAUUAUACAAAAGAAUUAGAAGGAGAGUACGAUUUCAUCACUGCAUUUGAUUUAUCCAAUUUUUAAUACAAAUACUAUGCUAGACAGUUUCAUAUCCAUACACCUUCUGAACAUUAGGUAGAUGGUAAAAAUUAUGAUUUAGAAGUUCAUUUUGUGCAUCAAGUAUAAUUUCAAUAUUAUUAGGCUGUUGAAGAUGGUGAAUAGAGUUGUAAUGACAUUAGAAAUAAAUUGACCGUCUUUGGACUACUCUUCCAAUAGUCCAAUACUGCUACCGAAUAUGAAGUAUUCAAGCCAUGGUUUGAUGACACCAUAAAUAGAGUUACAUCUUUUGAUAUGAAGUAAUCACUCCCUAUAAACAAGUGACUUCUUCCAAAAAAUGACUGACAAAACCUAUUAUCAUUAUACAGGCAGUCUCACUACUAUGUAUAUUCUUAAAAACUAAAAAUAGACCUUGUUCUUAAACCGUAAAUUGGUAUGUUUUUACAUCCCCAUUGCCUAUCUCUAAAUCAUAAUUCAAGCAAUUCUAGGAUUUCCUUGACAAUGAUGAUUACUUCCCCGAAAAAUCCAACAAUCGUCCUGUCCAAAAUCUUAAUGGACGUACAUUAUACAAAGGAGUAAUAUUAUUAAUCUAUUUUUAGACUGCUUCAUUUAAUGGAGUGACAUCCCUUCCUGUUAUUGAAGCCUCAUGGACCACAAUCAUCCAAAUGUCUUUGCUAUUAUUCAUCUAAUUGAUAAUGAUAAUAUGAG